CCUCUCCCGCCGCCGCCCUGAGAUGCAAAUCCUCCACCCUAUUCUUCGUCUCCUCCGACGACCUGGCGUCGCCGCCUCUCAUCACCCAAUGCACCGCGUCUCCUCUACCUCUCGCCCUGCCCUCACUUUCAUGGCCUCUACCCCACCUUGCUUGUCGACACCAACGCUUGUACGACGAGUUCUCCCAUUCAUUCUGGCUCCCAAUCCACCUGUCCGUUGUCUUUCCCAGCAGUAUGUUUUCCUGAUCUUGAUGCUAACUUUUGCGCCCUUAGUUCGUUGCUAUAAUUUUGGAUCUUGGAUCGCAGCCAAGGAUCCUGGCGAUGUAAUCCCCAUGGAAUUGGAAAAACUUGCAAAAGGCAGACACAGUGAUGGUUCUAUAUACAGGGCCAGUCAUAGUUGGAAAAGAUACUAUAAGGUUGCGGACCGUAAUGAGACUGGGUUGCCAGAUCCCACAGAUUGCGUCUUUUAUAAUGGAACUUGCAUACGUCAUAUACCUACUCGCUUGUUGCAAAUUUUCUCAUUAAAGUUGGCUGAACUUUCUGGGAAUCUUGGCUCAGUAGAGCUGUAUGGAUACGUAGCAGUGCGGGAUCAUAUGGAUCCAUUGCUUAAUUAUCUUGUCAAUAUAAGCAGGAACGAUCCCAUCAUCGUCAAGCAGGGUUCUCUCAUCAACAUGACUGGCCCUAAGAGAGGGAUAGAUUUGUAUGGCACUGCUCUAGUCGAAUAUGACAUGAGGUGCAAGACGACCUGUGGUGAUCUGCAGCUGAUCGAUGGUAUAUCAGCCAUAGACGACCUGUGGGGCACAUGGAAUCGUGCAUUCACGAAACGCAUAUAUGGGGAUUGUGGCUCAGUUGACAUAACUGUAUCACGUAUUGAUGAUGCAGUCCAGGCGACCAUAGAAGUUGUCAUAUCAGAAGUGCAAAGCAGUUUCAAUUUGUGUCUCGCUUGUUUUAUAGGUGGGUACAACGAUGAAGAAAUCCGGCUCUUCAAUGGUGCCAUUCAUGAGUCACGUGGCUUAAAGAGGUCGGUGGUUGCUGCAGUAGAUGGUUCCACUAUGAAUUUGAAGUUGAAGGUAGCCUCGGAGUCAUCCAGUACAGAUGAACACUGUUGUUCCUUCAAGGCGGACACGCAUGGGUUUGCUACUGAAGAGAUAAAGACUAAUUUUGGGUUGAUCUCGGUGAAGGUGAAUUGGUCGACUCUGCUUUCCUCAUAGGCUUACUGCAGUGUAUCCCAACAUUGAAUAAACUACGAAAGUGUCCGAGGAAUGGGCCAACACUGAGUUAGCAGUCUAGAGUUAGACAGGGACUUGUGGCAUGUUUCACCAGUAUUACCUGACAAUGGUAUACCCUGCACCAUUGUUUCUAACUAGGUAGGAAGGUGUGGCUUGCCGCGUGCUUGCCUGCCUACGACGAGCAAGCGUAUACAAAGAGCCGAUGAAAAUGUGAAUCUGGAUUUAACAUUAGAUUGGCAAGAGAAGUUCAUGUGUUAAGUCCAUCUAGAGCUUCCGAGGGGUCGUAUAUGAGCUGGUGAAUAAGUUUUGAAAAAUAAGCGUAAACCAUGAAACAGUUUUUCGAUAUCCAUUAGCCUAAGAAAAACAUACUGCUACUGCUACGUUAAUUAAUGCCUGUGUUAGAAGCUUGUGUAUAGUAUUUAAACCCUAUUAGUAUGGUUGUCCAAACCAACUAUGAUUGUAAC